AUGGGAGUACAGGCUCAGCACAGAGUAACUUUCUCCUCUCAGAGUCUCUGUGCUGUUACUAGAUCUACAGUAAAAAUCCCCUGUACAUAUCCAAACUCUUAUUAUCGCAGACCGAAGGAGUGGUAUCGAGUCCAGAGCUCUGAAGGAGAACCACGAGACCUGAGGAAAGAUCCACAAUACUCAGGACGAGUGUCUGUAAGCACAGAGACGUCUGACUGUGAGCUGACAGUGAGGAAUGUGAGAGCGAGUGACUCUGGAGUUUAUAACUUCAGAUUUAAAACAUGGAGCAAUAACUGGAUAUCUGCUCCAUCUGGAGUUCAUCUGACUGUUACAGACUUGCAGGUGAAGGUGGAUCCUAACACUGGGGGGAGGACGCUGAGCUGCAUCACCACCUGCACUCUGUCUAACAACCCCACUUACAUCUGGUACAAGAACGGACAGCGUGUUACUGACCGUUAUAUAAAUGAACUUGAUGUCAAAAUUGAGGAAUCAGGCAGCUACACCUGUGCUGUAAGAGGACACGAGGAGCUUCGCUCUCCUGCUGUCUGUGUUUUUGAUGAGAAGAGCUGCUGGAGUGUGACGUACUCCACCCAGAAUAUCUGCUCUCUGAUUGGAUCAUCAGUGGACAUACACAGUUAUUACACCUUCCCUGACCGUUCCCUGGAUGUGAAGGAGACAGACACACCUAUGCAUAUUGAUAUAGAUUGUGUUUAUAGUGAUCUCCCAGUUAAACAGUUAAAUGAUUGUGUUUUUCAGGGCUCUAAGUGGAACUAUGGACGUUGGAUCAGGAAAGCUGCUGCUGCUGAUCCUGUUGUUGAAUAUUACAGGGGUGAUGCAGUCAUGCUGAUUAGAACAAGACAUUUUUCAGCAGCAGCAAUUCUCAUGUUGCUCGCAGGAGUUCAGGCUCAGCACAGAGUAACUCUCUCCUCUCAGAGUCUCUGUGUUGUUACUGGAUCUACAGUAAAAAUCCCCUGUAUGUUAAGAAAACCUUAUUACUCCAGUGUCAGACAGAGAGAGUGGUAUCGAGUCCAGAGCUCUGAAGGAGAACCACGAGACCUGAGCAAAGAUCCACAAUACUCAGGACGAGUGUCUGUAAGCACAGAGACGUCUGACUGUGAGCUGACAGUGAGGAAUGUGAGAGCGAGUGACUCUGGAGUUUAUAACUUCAGAUUUAAAACACAGAGCAGUGACUGGAUAUCAGCUCCAUCUGGAGUUCAUCUGACUGUUACAGAUCUGAAGGUUACAGUAUCAGACUGGCGCAAGAAGCUGAGCUGCAUCACCACCUGCACUCUGUCUAACAACCCCACUUACAUCUGGUACAAGAACGGACAGCGUGUCACUGACCCGUACAGAAAUGAACUGUAUGUCAGUAGUUGGGAAUCAGGCAGCUACUCCUGUGCUGUAGGAGGACACGAGGAGCUUCGCUCUCCUGCUGUCUGUGUUUUUGAUGAGAAGAGCUGCUGGAGUGUGACGUACUCCACCCAGACUAUCUGCUCUCUGAUUGGCUCAUCAGUGGACAUACACAGUUAUUACACCUUCCCUAAUCGUUACAAGGUCACAGAAGUGUUCUGGUUCAUUAAAGAGCAGGCUGGUGUUGAACCUGUGGAUGUGAGAGAGGAUGAGGAGUAUCGGGGCCGAGUGCAGUACACACAGAUCUCCCAGAAUAACUGUAGACUGAGAAUCACUAACCUGAGAGAGAAAGACGCUCAAACAUACAGAUUCAGAUUCUACACUGAUGAUGCUACAGGCAAAUACACCGGCCAACCUGGAGUCUUUCUGUCUGUCACAGAUCUGAAGGUUACAGUAUCAGACUCGGGUAACUGGAACAAGAAGCUGAGCUGCAUCACCACCUGCACUCUGUCUAACAACCCCACUUACAUCUGGUACAAGAACGGACAGCGUGUUACUAACCCGUACAGAAAUGAACUGUAUGUCAGUAGUGGGGGAUCAGGCAGCUACUCCUGUGCUGUAGGAGGACACGAGGAGCUUCGCUCUCCUGCUGUCUGUGUUUUCGAUCAGAAUAGCUGCUGGAGUGUGACUUACUCCUCGCAGACUAUCUGUGCUCUGAUUGGCUCAUCAGUAGACAUCCAUGGUUACUACACCUUCCCUGAACAGAGUCCCGCCCUGCAACCUGUCUGGCACAUCAUGGACAGAGAACUGAGUCAUACAGAUGAGAAAGUGGAGUUUCUUAAGGAUAGACCAAACAGGAGCACACUGAGACUGAAAAAUCUAACAGAGAUGGAUUCAACAAAAUAUCACCUCCUGUUUAAAGCCACUUAUCAUAAACAGACAUACGGCUCUGAUGGUGUCUAUCUGUCUCUCACAGGUCUGCAGGUGAAAGUUGCAGUAUCAUACUUACAGAGCAUAACACUGAUCUGCAUCACCACCUGCACUCUGUCUAACAACCCCACUUACAUCUGGUACAAGAACGGACAGCGUGUGUCUAAGUGUAAAUCUGCCUCCUGCUCUGUAGCUGCAGUCGGUGGUGCGGUCAGUUACAGCUGUGCUGUUGAAGGCCAUGACAGUCUCCUCUCUCCUCCAGUGUAUUCCCCUAAAAACACCAGCACAGUGGUUCUUUCCUCUGGAGACACAGUGGAGGGGGAUUCAGUGACUCUGAGCUGUAGCAGCGAUGCAAACCCUCCUGUUCUCACCUACUCCUGGUUUAAACAGAGAGCAGCUGCAGACACACUGCUGACAACAGGCCAGAAUUACAGCAUCAGCACUAUCAGCUCCCAGCACAGCGGACUGUACUACUGCACUGCUCACAACCAGCUGGGACAGCACAACUCUACACCCACACUCCUGGAUGUGUUAUAUUCUCCUAAAAACACCAGCGCAGUGGUUCUUUCCUCUGGAGACACACUGGAGGGGGAUUCAGUGACUCUGAGCUGUAGCAGUGAUGCAAACCCUCCUGUUCUCACCUACUCCUGGUUUAAACAGAGAGCAGCUGCAGACACACUGCUGACAACAGGCCAGAAUUACAGCAUCAGCAACAUCAGCUCCCAGCACAGCGGACUGUACUACUGCACUGCUCACAACCAGCUGGGACAGCACAACUCUACACCCACACUCCUGGAUGUGUUAUACUCCCCCCGAAACACGUCUGUGACUGUCGUUCCAUCCGUGUCUGGAGACUUGGUCACACUGUUGUGUAGAAGUGACUCCAACCCCAACAGCUCUUACACCUGGUACAAGAAAACAGAAGGAGAUGUGAUACUGAUUGAAAAUGGCACCAAUUUAACUUUAUCCUCGAGAGCAGAUGGAUUUUACUACUGUACAGCAAGGAAUGGAUUUGGAUCAUCCAAUUCAUCAGAAUGGCCAUGUACAUCAGAUAACAGUGUCGUGAAAUACGCCGUUUCUGGAGUCACUGUUGCGUUGGUUCUGUUGGUUCUGUUGUUCAUUGCGGUCUUUCUGUGGAUACGGAGAAGAGCGUCGUUGUUCAGUAACAGGAGUGAGGAUUACAGCAAGAACAACUCUGCCCCUGUGUAUGGUAACGUCUCAGCCAUGACCUCUGACCCCACACAAACAGCGUCCUCAGAAGAUCAGGACAACGUUCAGUACUCCAGUGUUUAUUUCAGAAACUCCCACACACAGGAAGUACCCCUCUACUCAACUGUUCAACUGACAGAGGCUCUAAAACAGGAAGAGGAAGUAGAAUAUGCCACAGUGAGUCUCGCCAAGUCAAGAGCUGUUCCGGAGGAUGAAAUCUACAACAAUCUGAAAUCGAACCAAUAAGAGGAGUCUAAACUGACUAUAAGAUUGGACGUCGCAAUAAGUCAAUUAUGAAGGGAUAGUUUAGUUAUAUCAUGUAUAUUAUAAUGUAUAUUAAUAUUAUAUUAUGUAUCCUUAGACUGACCUUUAAUAAUUCCAAAUAUUAUUGGUUUUCUUUGAUUUUUACCAACUUCAAGAUGUAUUUUCUUUCAUUUUUAUUUUGUAUUCGAUGCUUUGAGAGGCUUUUUGUGUGCUUGCAUGUUUAUACUUGUGUGUAUGAUUAUAUUAUUACUGCUUACUGUAUACACACUGACAUGCAUUUUAAUUAAAAAAUAUAUAUUUAUAUAUUUAUGUA